ACAUUUUGUUCAACCAUCGCGUUUAAAUUUUGUGCAUUAACGCCCGGCGCCAGCGCUUCACAACACUGCGUUUGAACGCUGUCAUCAUCAGCACAUGUCCUUUUGUGACAAUAUUUUUGUGAUAUCUAAGGAAAAGUUCUUGUAGAAUUUUAUUGGAUGGCAGCUGCUAAUACCGGGGGUGCAGGGGAUAACAUGCUGAGUUUGCAAUCAGAAAACGCAAAAGAGGAACCAACCGUGAAAACUGGCGGAGCGGACGGGGCAGAGAGCGAUCUUGUCCCGGUCAAGUUGGAGUCGGCAGUCGCUUCAGCUUCAGCUUGCACGAUGGCGGGCGACGGUAACGAAAAAUGUCCCAACAAGUCGGUGACACCAAUUUUGAAGGAAGGAAUAUUGCAACUCCUGUGCACAGAUGGAGUCCAAGAGGAUAAAGCUGUUACGCAGACAUCAAAUGACAAUGCCACAUCAACUCCAACAGAAGCCCAGCUGGCCACUGUCAUCCAGAGCGCUGAAGAAGUCCUCAGCCGAGAAAGCCUUGCAGCGAUUCCUCAUGGCUCACCUACUGCCAGUGAGCCUGGCACUGCAGUCAUGCAUCCGGUCCCUCAAGUCUCCAUGGAAACAAUGCCAGAGGCAAAAUCUGCCGUCAAAGUUCAAGAGGAGUAUGCAGCUCACCCAGAGCCUGUCAUUAAAGCUGCUGCGGAGGUACCAAAUGAGAAUCAGAACUUCCAGGAUGCGAUGCUCCAUACACCCCCUCCCCAAGAACAUCUCAGUGAUAGUUCUCCUUGUCAAGUAGCUGAAGCAUCAGAGUGCCUGUCGACCGUCACAAGCCUGCCAGCGUCUUCACCACCGAGCGUGCAGCCGCCAAUGUCCAAUGCCAGCAACUCAGUGAUGCCAGACCUGGGCGUAUUUGCAAAUAGCAUCACUGAUCCCUCCCAGAGCUACUGUCAGGUGGGGAAUCUACAGCCAAGCAUCAGCUCCUUCAAUGGGUUUUCUCAGCAACAGACAGUCACAGACUCUCUUCCCGGUAUCUCCACACUAACCUCCUCCUCCAAUAUGGUGAAUGGUAUGACUGCCACUCUGAACAAUCUUGCGUCCAGCAGUUUCCCUUCCGGAAAUAUGAUGAACAACGUGGUCUAUGCUGCUGUACCUCUUCAACAAACUGCAAGUGGAAUGCAGCUUGCCCAAAUGCAUCCAAAUGCAAAUGCCUACAACCUGGCCCGCCCCAGCGGAACCAGCCGACGAGUUCUUCUUCCUCGAGGGCGCUCUUCAAGCAACACCCCAAAGGAGAACUCCUUCAAGAAGACGAUUACGCCACUGACUUACGAGAAACCCAACGUGGGCCUGGUGCAGCAGAUCAUGGAGGUGUUCCGGGUGACAGGACGGAAGGAGAUGCAACCGUGUGAGGUCUACGAUGGGUUGGAAUGUUGCUAUCCAUAUUAUCUGCGCAUGAAUCCAAAUAGGAAGAAAAGCUGGAUGAGUUCUGUCCGGCAUGCACUCACAACUCCCUGCUUCAAGUCCCGACGUGCAGAAAACUCCGAUGGCAAGUUGGCCCCUCGCAAGGGUGGCUUCUGGUCCAUCAAUGACAGCUACGACCCCAACUCUAAGCCCCCCAAACGCGUCACCCCGACCAAGCGCCCAUUGGGCAGCCCAACCUAUCAACGGCGCCAGCCCUUGGGGGUCAAUACCCAGCAGGCCAACUGGCAGACCUUUCCUGGCCACAACCAUCUUGCUCAGCAGCACCACAGCGCUCGCCACAGUCCUUACAACUACUUCAGCCCAACCAGGGGGAGCUUCUCUCCCAACGUCCCUGUUGUGUACUCACCCACCCGGGUCUAUCAGCCGCAGACACCAACAGCAGCCCUCCUUCCCAAUGGUAAGAUGAUCUACAUAUCCCCAGCUGAAGACGAUUCUGCAGGUCAUUCCAAUCAGUCGUUCGGGCGAGAUGUGUAUCAGGCGUGGGGGGCUGACUCCAACACCAAUAACACCCCAAGUAUGUGGCAGAUAGUCCAGAACAUGGGAAAUGACACCUGCAAAGAUCAAGCCGACCAGAACAAAAUCUUCAGCAGUACUGCCAACGGAGUGCAGCAGCAAGCUGUCGCCAACAUGAACUGCAACAACACAGCUGUGACCACAACACUGGGGUUGAUCAACCAGCAGCAGCAGCAGCAGCAGCAGCAAGAUCAGCUGAAGCUGCAGUUACUCCAACAAGCACAGCUGCAGCAGCAGAUGCAGCAGCAACAGCUCCAACAGCAACAGCAGCAACAACAGCAGGUGUUCCAACCUCAGCAGCAGUCCGCUGCUGACUCUGAUCCCUUUGCUGUUGCCCUGGAGCUGAGCGAGAUCAAAGCAAAACAGGAAUCCACAGACAACCCUCCACAACUCAUCAAACCACAGCAGCCUGCUUCCAGCAACAACCUUGAGCAGGCAAUGUCAGUUGAGAUGACUUGCAGCCCUGAGCAGCCUCAAUCCAUCCUCGGUGAAACCUCAAAAAGCACCCAACAACUUACAGCAAAAGGAGACAGUAGCGGGUCCCAGCAGCAGGGAUGCGAGGAUCUCCGCAGCAUGGUCUACCGCUCACUUGGCGUCUGCAAUGACCUUAAUACCAGACCUGCCGUCAGCGAUGUAGCCCCACCCACUCAGCUCACUGCCACCCCGGUGACCCAGUUCAGUGCCCUGCCCACACAGUACCAGCUGAUCCAUUACAGUGGCAAUGACACACAGUAUGAGGGUAUGGUCAUUUGAGAAAAACCUUGUUAUAUCUCCGAAUAGGUUUAUCUCCCAAAUCAGCCGUGUGAUCAUGGUGAUAGCCCAAUGAGGCCUCCCACCCAAAAUUUCUUUUCAGGAAUCAUCUAGAACACUGUAACAGUUACGCAAAAACAUGCAAUGAGUAUUUGCUCCUGGAAGCGUACACAUGUAUUUUAUUCUACUAAUAAGAUAUUACAGUCCAAUUCCUGACUCCUGAACUAUACUUGUCUAAGUAACACAAGCGGAUGUGCAUUUCAAGUUCCAACGGGCAUAAUUUGACACCCUGC